CACAGACUCCAUGAAUUGAUGCCCAUCUCCUAAAUAUUUGGUCCCAUGAUCAAUUUCUUUUACCAUUUCUAAGCUACAGGGGGUGGCUCAACUUACCUUUUGGCUCAACUUACCCCACUCUCCCCUGUUCGUGAGCCCCCUUGACUCAAAACGUGGUCGUGGUUUCUUUCUGGCGCCAUCUAACGGAUCACCGUUAACCGUUAACCGUUAACAGCCAGCACCAAAGUUAGCCUCAUCCAGGUGAGUGGCAGCAUGCUAAAUCUCAUGGAAGACCGACAGGAUAGAGUGAAAUAUGUCUUGAUUCGUAGUUGCUUCGUUACACUGUUUAUAUUUAGCUGUGUUUGAUCACGUAAUUUUUACUUUCCUCAGGGGAAACGAACUACCGGCAGUUAGCAAGUCGCAGCAGACAGUGAGCUGUUAGCUAGCUUUCGGCACAGAGCCAAAGCAAUGUUAGCUGUCUUUUACCCCCUGGUUAAGUGAUUACCUUUGCUACAAAGAACGUUUACUGUAUAAAUUUGUAAUCAAGAAGUAACAACCGUCAACCCAAGUUAGUAAACAGUUGACUGAAUGUAUCAGCUCCAUCAAGGCAGUGCGACAUCUAAGUCAGACUGAGAAAAGCUAGGAUGAUAAAAGCUUCAAACUAAGAUGGAGAAACUUCUCUAAAGUUACAACUUAGUGGAGAAGUUUCAGGAAACUAUGGGGUCUGGAAGAGGAUAUAGGUGUUACCAUGUGUACAAAAUUUCAUAGCAUUUAUCCAAAAGUUUAAUAACAAAAAUCUUAAUUUUUACUAAUAUCUCUAAGAAAUGUGGGUUCAUUAAGCCUGCUCAGAUCUGUUGUUCCACCUGUUUUUUUUUUUUUUUUUACUGUAUUUGGUACAGUAAAUAAAAGAAACUUGGCCAAGCUUAGACACAUAACCAACACUGCUGCCAAGAUCUUGGUCUUUCCACCCCAAUCUUUAAACACUUGAGCCAUAAAUCACCCACAAACUCCACUUCUUAUGGUAUGCCCUCAAGGAGGAGGUACAAAAUCCCAAUAUGCAACAGGCCCACUUAAGAAAAGGUCAUUCCAUGAAAUUGGUGCCUUUUGCGUCCUCAAGAAGUAAUAAUUUCGUUGUACUGGUUACAAUGACAAUAAAGGACUAUUCUAUUCUAUUCUAUUCUAUUCAGUCAUAAAAUUAUGAUAACAAGUUGAUUUGUAAUUUAAAAAUAUGACAUUACAAUGUCUCCUCUCCUUAAUAUAACAUCAAAUUAAAGUCAAUUAAAUAUCAUUUUAAAUAAUUAAAAUUACUUUCAUGCCAAUGAGGAUGAGGUUUUUGGCCUGUCCCUCACUGCUAUUGUUGUACGUAUACAGGACUUUACACUUGUAAAAUGUUGGCAAAACAUUAAUUUUUUUUUACAUUUACAUAUUGUUUUAAGUAUGAUCUUAUUGUUAAACAGUUUUUUUUGGUAAUAAUAUAUCUUGGUCAUUAUAAAUAUUUACCAAUUUAUCAGCGUCCCCUGAUUUCAUGUCAAUUAUUCACAUAGCCACUGUGAGUUUCUAUGAUGUAUGUCAUUUUUGUAUGUCAUAUGGCUUCUUAAGCACUUUUUGUUUGCUUCUGUAUCAGUUUCCAGUGAAAAUUAAAUUUCUCCCAGUCUUCUACUCUUUAACUCUACAUUACAGGUGACACGAUGCCUCAGAAUAACAUGAACUAUGAGGGCAGAAGAAGAGGAGAAUGUCACAGCUUCCGUAAAGCCAACGCACAGGUCAAUGGACAUUUCCCAGGCACAGAUUUGGUAAACGGAGCUGUUUUUCGCAAUAGCUGCCCAGCUGCUGCCAUGAGAACCAGUGAGAGGACACACAUUCGUGCAGAGAAUAGUGUCAGACCACAGGGCAUGGUUAAUGGUUAUUUCAACCAUGAGUGGAGAGGCUUUGGUGGGAGAGCAGCGCAACCAAGUACAAGCAUGAGACAGAGAGGCACAGUUUCAGCUGUCACUGAUGCCCCUGCAUAUGGCAGGACUAUCAGAGCAGGUGUUCAAGGUGGUGUCUCAGUGACUGGUAACACUGUAUCUUUGCACUGUGAUUCUGAUCAAAUGAAGCCAAAGUUGAGCCUCAGAGGAGGGGCUAAGAACCGUGGACGAUGGAUGAAAUUCAAAAACAAGAGGAGGUGAGAUACCCGCUUCGCAGCUGCUUUGAAUAAUCAAAACGCACAUUCCACCCACAUAACCUGAGAGUUAGCUGUGACAAGGCUGGUUUAGACACUUGAAUCGGUUAAAAUGAAAGUGUAACUGUUAUAGUUGACAGAUGACAGUGAAAAGUGACAGUAGACAGGGUUUUUGUAAGGGGUUUGCCAACUUGAAAUGAGCCUAAUCUGCCAGGAGAGAACAUUCAGUCCCUGAAUUUUGUCUGAGAAUUUGUACUGUUUAAUAUUUAAGGAGUGAACCUUUCUAUUUUUUAUUUUAUUUACAGCUGCUGUAGUCUUAGUAAACAAGAUGUAUGUCAGUCUCAUGUCUGUCUGUUAGACAGGGAUAAAGCCUGCUGUCUUUAGACUGACAAUAAGAAGCAGCAUGUUGUGCGUUUACCCCAGAUGAAACCCCAAACUGAUUUUCCUACAAACAGGACACAAACAUGCUCGCUGUUUCUCCAGUGUUUUCAGAAUCCAGGCGGCGCUUAUCUGCUGCAGCCUGCUGAAGCCCAUUCUGCUUCUUAAAUGUACAACAACUAUAAUUAAUCUUAAUGCCCCAUGGUGUAAUAUUUAGUGAGCAUGUGGUGACAAGCAACCGUUGAGUCAGUAACCUCAAAUACUGAUGUCAAGAUUUAGCUGAUAACACCUCAAUGAUUCCAUAGAAUAAGAAUGAAUGUAAUGAUCUUUCAAUCUUCAGCAGAGAUAGUGAAGUCAACCGUCCAAAGAUACCCACACCAAUACUACCACAGGAAGACUGGGAGAAGGAAAUCACAGAGGUCACAGUGGCUGACCGGAAGAAGAUGAGCUCUGGGAUCGAUCACUAUGGUAAAGAAAAGACAUCUUAAUUUUUCUGCAUCUUUCUGAUCAGCAUUCAUAUUUGGUUGGUCAGUUUGAGGGGAGAAGCAGUCUACUCUAAGUGAGUGUUCACACACACACACACACACACACACACACACACACACACACACACACACACACACACACACACACACACACACACACACAGUGAUCAGAGGUGACCAGUGUCUGAGGUCGCAGCACCAAACUCCAUCAAAACACCUGCUGCUCUCUCAAAGUUAGAUAACAGGAGUUAUCAGGAUCUAUUACAAACUUUGCAGUGUCAGCUCAUUCCACAUGCUUUUUACUUCAACCAUACACAAUACUAUCCUGACAGUUUGUUUUACAGAUCAUAUCUACUGUGACAUCUGUGGGCCUUUUGUUAACAAAGAAUAACAUCAGUGUUAUCAUUGAAGACGCUGCUUUAUUUAAGUUAGCUUGUAAAUUUAGAUCCCUUUAUUUCUUUGACUCAGAAGUCUAAAUGAGGAAAAUUCAGAUAAUAAACUCAUAUUUUUUCUUGGUCCUAAUCAUAGACUGUAUAUAUUAUGGACAACUUGGUUCCACCUUCCGCCUGUAUACGGAUUUGAAGCCAAAUAGCUCUCGGUAUUUCCGGGAUUUUUCUUCAUUUCCUGAAACCAGCGCUGCACAGUAGCGAUGCGCGCAUUCGCCAGCGCAGUCGCAGAGAGUCACUGUGAUGACGCUUGGCUCAAACAGCGUAUCCCCCGGGAGAGCUACGCAAUCCCUAAACACCCAUAGGCUGUAUCAAGUGUCAAUCAUAGAAAACAUGAACCCCCUAAUAAUUUUUAAAAAUGGAGCUGUACAGAAAAAAGAGGACUUGAACACAAACCAGUCUUACUGUAACUACAUGUCAACAUCACAAGCAGGGGGGAGAAAAAAUUAUGUUCUGUGUAAUAAAUUUCUAAAGUUUGUCCACAGUUCCAUAAACUUUGCUGGCGGAGGCGUGAUUUAUGACCUAUACUGCAGCCCAUCAACAGAGGGUGCUGUUCUCGGAUUGGCUUCACCCAGCGAGGAGGCAGACUCUGUCCAUUCUAUAUACAGUCUAUGGUCCUAACCCACUUCUGUAUGAUCACUAUUGUCUUGCUCAGGCAAUAAAAAGGAGGAGACGGUAAAUUGUAUGACAAGAGACAUCCAUUUUUUUGCCUGUUGAAGUGUACAAUGUAAAGAUGUUUAUGUCUCAUCUUGCUAGAACUGAAUGAAAACUACAGGAUGGAAAGCAGAGAGGGAGUAUUUGUAAUAUAUAUUUUUAGAUGAAUCUCGCAAGAAGCUUUGUGUGGGCGGAGGACACUCACUCAUUGGUCCUUUGUUUCCCCGUUUAGAUCCUGAAGAUCUGCUCGAUGAUGAUCUGCGGAUUUUGACGCUCAAGCAGCUGGCCACAGUUCCUCCAUCGAUGAGGCUUGGAUACUGCCCAGCCGUACACCACCCUCGCUCCCUCCACUGGUCCUGCUACCUUCCUCCCCCUGAUCCAGACCUGUUUGCAGAUGCUGAUGAUUAAGCAACAAGUAUGCGUUCAAGUUAGAUGAAGUUUUAGAAAGCAUUGUUCACAUAGAAAAAUUAACUGAGGAGUUCUGCUGUAAGUGCGGUUUGCUUUUUGGCAUAAUGCAGAUUUUUGGGUUGUGGGUCAGAUGUUUGGAUCUUGGAUUGUGCCCAUGUUUUCCAAAUUUGUUGAAUUGAUCUUUUUCCUUCAUCUGAACCAGGGAAGAAAAGUGAUUUGGAUUUGGAAACAUCUUUGGUGGGAUAUACUAUGUAGUCUGCUUGAUUCUUUUAUGGUAGAUUUUAUUUAAUGUAUCAAACUUUUACCUUUGUUUAAUAUUGCAAUAUAUUAAUUUGUUAAGCUUCUGUGAUCUUAAAAGAAUGAUUUUAGCUCUCUGCUCUACAUUUGUGUUGUCACUGAAACUGCUUUUGCCUCUUCAAUUUCAUACUCUUGUAUUUUCAGAAGUCGUCCAAAAACUAGAAGUUGUUUUCAUCUAAUAUUUUUUUUCCUUUCCAAAUACCCGACAUAAGUUACCUUUUGAGCAGUGAGGUUGUUUUUAAUGAUUGUUAAUUCCAAUUUUUUACAUCAAAUGUGAAGCAGCUUUUUAGUUUGGGAGAGUUGUCCUUUUGAAGAAACCACAGUUUGUGUAUGUAACAGGAAAAAAACCCUGCAUGUUCCAACUUUUACUUUCAUUCUCAAAAUCCACAAUAAAUCCAUUUUCCUACUUUGAGG